AUGUUGGUGGCAGCAUCGCUGAGAGACUACACCAUUCUACUUUCUUUACAGAAAAGGCAAGUGGCUUUGGAAGAAGCUAAGAUGAAGUUUCAGGUUUGGUAUGCCCCAAAGUGGAUAUGGAGGCUAAGGCCAGUACCAAGACCUUCAUGUUUUGUGUUAAGGACCUUCAUGCUGUUGGCAAUGCUUCUACCCAGCAUGUAUUGUUUAGAAUUAGUCCAUUACUCUUCCUACGAAAUAGUCAUUCCCGAGAGCCUGACAGUCAAGGGAAGCCAAGACCCGGGGGGAAGGACAUCUUAUAUGCUACUUAUACAAGGCCACAAGCAGCUGAUCCACCUGAAGGUAAAGAGAGACUAUUUCGUGGAUGAUUUUCCAGUCUAUUCUUACCACAAUGGCAACGUACGGCAAGAAACACCCUCCAUCGCACGCGACUGUCACUAUGAAGGCUACAUAGAAGGAGCGUCGAGUUCUUUUGUGUCUGUCAGUGCCUGUUCAGGUCUCAGGGGCAUCCUGAUUAAGGAGAACACAUCCUAUGGCAUUGAGCCCAUACUCUCCUCCCAGCGGUUUGAGCAUGUGUUAUACACCAUGGCACGUCAAGCUCCAGUCUCCUGCAGAGCCUCUGCCAAAGACAGCCAGGCGGUGUCCACCAGCUGGCAGCAAGGCAGCAGGAAGCCUCACAGUGUACAGGCACUGUCCUCCUACCUGUGGGUGCACACCAAGUACGUGGAGAUGUUUGUCGUGGUCAACAACCAGCGGUUCCAGAUGUGGGGCAGCGAUGUCAACGAGACAGUGCAGAGAGUGGUGGACAUCAUUGCCCUGGCCAACAUCUUUACUCGAGGAAUAAACACAGAGGUGGUACUGGCUGGGGUGGAGGUCUGGACCGAGGGGGACCUGAUAGAGGUCCCAGUGGACCUGCGAGUUACACUCAGGAACUUCAAUCGCUGGAGACAAGACAAGCUCUUGCCUCGUGUGAGGCACGACGUUGCCCACAUGAUCGUUGGGCAUCACCCUGGAGAGACCUCAGGUCAGGCAUUUCUGAAUGGAGCCUGUUCAAGUGGUUUUGCAGCGGCUGUCGAAGCUUUCCACCACGAAGAUGCCCUCCUGUCUGCAGCGCUCCUGGUGCACGAGCUAGGGCACAACCUGGGUAUUCGGCAUGACCACUCGGCCUGCGUCUGUAGAGAUAAGCACUCCUGUCUCAUGCAGGAAAAUAUCACUGAAGAAAGUGGCUUCAGCAACUGCAGCUCUGACUACUUCUACCAUUUCCUUCAUGAACACAGAGGGGCCUGCCUAUUUAACAAGCCGUGGCACAAAGCUCGCAGGCGCAGGGCUGCCACGUGUGGAAAUGGUGUGGUGGAGGACCAGGAGCAGUGUGACUGUGGUUCUGCUUGUGACAAAGACCCAUGCUGUGAACCAACAUGUAUACUGAAGAAGGAUGCAGAGUGUAGUCAUGGACUCUGCUGCAACAACUGUAAUUUUAAAAAGGAGGGGGACAUAUGUCGUUUUGCUUAUGAUGAAUGUGACCUCUCAGAAUACUGUGAUGGUACUUCUGCAGAAUGUCCUCAAGACAGCUACAAAGAAGAUGGCACACUGUGUCGUAGAACUUACUUUUGCUUUGGGGGUCAGUGUAAGGACCCUGACAGACAGUGCAUGAGGCUAUUUGGGUAUCCUGCAAGGUCUGCCCCAGAGGACUGUUACAUGUCAGUAAACCAUGAAGGGAACCGGUUCGGACACUGUGGCCUUCCCAGUAAGGCUAAUCCAGAAUACAUUCGUUGUAGUGGUGAUGAUGUAUUUUGCGGGAAACUUGUAUGCACAGAUGUUAAAGUCCUGCCACUACUGUUGUUGGAUUACACACUGAUCCAGCGCCCACAUGAAGAUGACUGGUGCUGGAGCCUGGAUACUUACAACACCAUUGGUUACGUGGAAAAUGGCAGACACUGUGCCCCAGAUAAAUUAUGCAUUGAUUAUAUCUGCCGUGAAUAUUCUGUGUCCCACCAAGAGUGUGAUACAGAGUUACUGUGUCAUGGGAAUGGAGUAUGCAAUAAUUUAAAACACUGCCAUUGUGAUGACGGAUUUGCACCCCCUUACUGUGUACGUCCAGGAUAUGGGGGCAGUAUGGACAGUGGUCCUAUUGUUAAGUCACCUGAGAAAAAAAUAAGUACAAGUACCCCUUAUUUUGCUAAUUGGCCUAGAAACUUGAACAUCAAAGUGGUAAUGCUCGUAAUCCCUUCAUUACUUAUUGCUUUACUGUGUUGUCUACUUCUAAUGGGUCUUCUUUGGUCUGAUGUAGAGAUGGAGGCAUCAGAGGAUUCAGAUUCAUCAGAAUCAUCAGAAUCAUCAGAUUCUUCAGAAAUCUCAUUAGAGGUAUCAGUUGAGACCUCACAACUCAAAAAACCACCACCCAAAAAAGGACUCAAAGGGGCCCUGCCACUGGAAGCAGCACUGCCACCCAAAGAGGCUCUGCCACCUCCACCAUUACCACCACUCAAGGCCCCGCCACCUCCACCAUUACCACCACCCAAGGCCCCGCCACCAUCACCACCAUUACCAUCACCCAAGGCCCCACCACCAUCACCAUUACCACCACCCAAGGCCCCACCAUCACCACCAUUACCACCACCCAAGGCCCCGCCACCAUCACCACCAUUACCACCACCCAAGGCCCCGCCACCAUCACCACCAUUACCACCACCCAAGGCCCCGCCACCAUCACCACCAUUACUACCACCCAAGGCCCCACCACCAUCACCAUUACCACCACCCAAGGCCCCGCCACCACCACCAUUACCACCACCCAAGGCCCCACCACCCAAGGCCCUGCCACCACCACCACCAUUACCACCACUCAAGGCCCCACCACCUCUACCAUUACCACCACCCAAGGCCCCAUCACCCAAGGCCCCAUCACCUUCACCACUACCACCACCCAAGGCCCCACCACCUAAGGCCCCGCCACCACCACCAUUACCACCACCCAAGGCUCCACCACCCGAGGGCCCGCCAUCACCACCGUUACCACCACCCAAGGCCCCGCCACCACCACCAUUACCACGACCUAAGGCUCCACCACCUGAGGGCCCGCCAUCACCACCGUUACCACCACCCAAGGCCCCACCACCCGAGGCCCCGCCACCUCCACCAUUACCACCACCCAAGGCCCCGCCACCAUCACCAUUACCACCACCAGAGGGCCCGCCACCUCCACUACUCAAGACCCCACCACCUCCACCACCCAAGGCCCCGCCACCUUCACCACCCAAGACCCCGCCAGCUCCACCUGAGUCCCCCCCACCACCAACAUUGGCUCUACACCCAAAGCUGCAGGAAAGCCUGCACCAAAAGAAGCAGCAAGUGAAGGGCAAUCAAAAGAAGAAGCAAGUGAAGAGCAUGAAAACCCAGAGGUAGUAUUUUAAUGGAGAAUGAAGCCAGUACACUACAACACCUUAGAGAACCAAAUGUGAACUAACAAUUGCAGUGGCUUUGACUGAACUAUAUCUUACUAAUGGAGGAGAGACAUUAUCCCAUUUUAAAUAUACAUUGAAAUAUAUAACAAUAAAAUUGGCUAUAUUUUCAUAUAUGAGGUCAUACAUAAAAUACUCUGUAUUUUUGCCUUUUUACUUUUCAUGAAACUAUUUUAUUUAAGCUCUUUUCAUGGAUCACUGCUAUCAAUGUUUUAUAUCAACAGGGCCAAUUUUGAGUCACCUGAAACUGAGCUUCAGAGUAUGCCAUCUUCCAUCCUUACUGACAUAAUGUUUUAUCUGUGCCUGUACCGCUAUAACUGGGUUACUCAUCCCAAUCAUAAUUGUUUUAUUACCAAUGUUACUCGUGACUUGAAUACACUAUUUUGCUCUGUCA